CAUCAUCGAUUGAACUUCUAGAAGGCCUUCGCUACUUGAAUUUGGAUAAUUGUAAAAACCUUGAGGGUCUCCCGAACAGCAUUUGUAAUUUGAGAUUUCUUGUUGUUCUAAGUCUUAAAGGCUGCUCAAAACUUGACAGAUUUCCGGAGGACUUGGAGAGAAUGCCAUGUCUAGAGGUUCUUUAUUUAAAUUCGCUUAGUUGUCAAUUGCCUUCUCUGUCAGGUUUGUCUCUCUUAAGGGAACUAUAUUUAGAUCAAUGCAAUCUAACACCAGGAGUAAUAAAGAGUGAUAACUGCUUGAACGCAUUGAAAGAAUUAAGUCUAGGAAAUUGCAAUCUAAAUGGAGGAGUGUUCCAUUGUAUUUUCCAUCUAUCCUCACUGGAAGUAUUAAAUCUAAGUCGGUGCAGUCCAGAGGAAGGAGGAACCCUCAGUGACAUACUUGUGGGUAUCAGUCAACUCUCUAACCUUAGAGCCCUUGACUUGAGUCACUGCAAGAAGCUUUCACAAAUUCCAGAGCUUCCUUCAAGUCUGCGACUGUUAGAUUGUCACAGCUCAAUUGGGAUCUCAUUGCCACCUAUGCAUUCUCUGGUGAAUUGCCUCAAAUCAGCAAGUCAGGAUUUGAAACACAAGAAGCGUUCAAAUGGAGUAUUUCUCCCUAAUUCCGACUACAUUGGCGAUGGAAUCUGUAUUGUUGUUCCCGGAAGCAGUGGAAUUCCCAAGUGGAUAAGGAAUCAAAGAGGGAUAUAAUAUCGCAAUGGGCCUUCCUCAGAAUUGUUAUGAAAAUGAUGACUUCUUGGGAAUUGCUAUAUGCUCUGUUUAUGCUCCACUCGAUGAAUGUGAAAAUGAUUUGGCACGUGCAUCGGAAAAUGAAUCUGGUGACGAAGCCCUAAAUGAAUAUGACGAUUUACUUGAAGCUGAAUCUUCAAUCUCCACUGAGUUAAAAUGUCAAUUGUCAUUGAAUGAAGGAUAUGGAUUUUCUUCCCUGUGUGUGCGACAUCUCAGUUUUCGCACUACUUGUAAAUGCUACCAUGAUGGAGGUGUAUCAGAACAAAUGUGGGUGAUAUUCUAUCCCAAGGCUGCUAUUCUGGAGAGCUGUCACACCAAUCGAUUCAUGCAUCUUAAUGCUGUAUUUAUGGGCUCUCGCAAUCAUUUUAAGGUGCUCAAGUGUGGGCUCCAACCCAUAUACGCCCAGGAUCCAAUAGUACAGACUGAGGAUGUGGAUGCUAGCUGCUUGGAAUGCCAGAGGAAUGUGGAAUACCGGAAGCUUUGUUUCAAGGGUCAGAUAAUCAGCCAACUACCCAUUGAGCGUGCCUCUGAAUUUGAUACCUUAUGUUUGCGAGAGUGCAAAAACCUUGAGAGUCUGCCAACAAGCAUUUGGGAGUUGAAAUCCCUGAAAUCUCUCUUUUGCUCUAACUGUUCACAAUUACAAUACUUUCCAGAAAUCUUGGAGAAUAUGGAAAACUUAAGGCAGCUUCACUUGAACGGAUCGGCUAUAAAGGAGCUACCAUCAUCAAUUGAACAUUUGAAUAGGCUUGAAGUUUUGAAUCUGAACAGCUGCAAAAACCUUGUGAGUCUUCCAGAAAGCAUUUGUAACUUAUGCUUUCUUCAAGUUCUCGAUGUCAGUUACUGUUCAAAACUCCACAAAUUGCCACAAAACCUAGGGAGGCUGCAAAGCUUGAAGCAUCUCUAUGCUUGUGGCUUAAAUUCAACAUGUUGCCAAAUGCUUUCUUUGUCAGGUUUAUGCUCCUUAGAGACGUUAAUUCUACAUAAGUCCAAGCUAAUGCAAGGAGAAAUUCUGAGUGAUAUUUGCUGCUUGUACUCGUUGAAACUGUUAGAUCUAUCUUUCUGCAGUAUGGAUGAAGGAGGAAUCCCCACUGAAAUUUGCCACCUAUCAUCUCUGCAACAAUUACUUCUAACCGAGAAUCUUUUUAGGAGCAUACCUGCUGGGGUCAAUCAACUUUCUAUGCUGAGACUCCUUGACUUGGGUCACUGUCAAGAGCUUCGACAAAUUCCAGCGCUUCCAUCCAAUUUGCGUGUCUUAGAUGUACAUGAGUGCCCACGGCUGGAAACUUCUUCCGGUCUACUAUGGUCUUCUCUAUUCAACUGCUUCAAAUCAUUGAUUCAGGAUUUUGAAUGCAGGAUUUAUCCUAAAGAAAAACGUUUUGCCCGAGUAAAUCUUAUUAUUUCAGGAAGUUGUGGAAUUCCAAAAUGGAUAAGCCAUCACAAAAAGGGAGCUAAAGUAGUUGCAAAGCUUCCUCAAAAUUGGUAUAAAAAUAAUGACUUGUUGGGUUUUGUUUUGUACUGUGUCUAUGAUCCACUUGAUAAUGAAUCUGAGGAGACACUGGAGAAUGAUGCAACUUACUUCAAGUAUGGUUUGACUUUGCGUGGUCAUGAAAUUCAGUUUGUGGAUGAACUCCAUUUUUAUCGCUCGAGUUACUGUUAUGAUGUUGUACCAAAAAUGUGGAUGAUUUAUUAUCCUAAGGUGGGGAUUGAGAAGAAGUACCACUCAAAUAAAUGGAGGCAGUUGACGGCUUCAUUUUGUGGCUACAUGAAUGGUAAAGCAGUGAAAGUAGAAGAGUGUGGGAUCCAUCUUAUAUAUACAGGUGAUGUUAUCAACAGAAACAUCCCAGAAGAUACCAGUACUGAUGCUCAGAGAAGCUGUGACAACACAGAGGCCACCAAGCGCGACCAUCAGACAAUGAUAGAGUACAAUGAUGAGCAGAGAAGUUGUGAUACCAGAUCAGCAGCAGAAGAUACUAAUUCUAAUCCACAAACAAGCUAUGACUGUACACAGUGCACUGAGCAUAGCGAUUCUCCAAUGGAUACAACGACACAGAAUAUUAACAGUAAUGUUGUUGAUGCCCAUGAUGACGAAGAGGACCAUAUGCACAACUGGUUGGAGCUUCUUUGCAAAUUUGUUGGAUGGAUAUGCUGCAGAAGAUACUAAACAUUUAUCUCAAACUAUAUGGAUAAGUGAUUUAAAGGGGCUGAAAAUUCUUCUAAUGAUCUCAUUUUCUUCUUUUUGUUCUCUUUUUUUCCCUAGUGUACCCCGGUUUUGAAAGUCCAUAGGCCUCCAUUGGCUAAAAUGCAAAUCUGUUUUACUCAAAAACCAUUUUUGUUAAAUAACUCAAUGCAGAAAAUUACAUCAUUGAUUUUAGAGCAUAUGUUGUACGAGCUUGACUGCAGUAUUAAACAUUUUUUUUAAGUUAAUGCAGGAAAUUACACCUUAGCCAUUAAUGUUAAGGCCCCAACCUCUAUAAGGUAAGCCAUGAAAGUCCUUAUUAAUCAAGGCAAGUCAAACAUUUCAUGUCAAUUAAUAAUUCUGAUUAAAGUGGUGCCUCACACUU